AUGUCGAAGAACAAUAAACUCGCAGCUCAAAAGAAGCGAAACUUCUUCGAAGCAUUUGCGAAGUCUAAAGCUCCCGUGGUCGAGAGUUCGAUUGCGAAGAAACAGGUGCUGGAAUAUGCACCGAAUACAACAGCUUUACGCAGUAAUAUCCUGAAGGAAGAUAUCAGCAAUGAUGAAGAUACUCCGGGAAUUCUACAGAUGGAGCACCAUGAGAGUAAAGAAGAUAUAGACUCACUAGGCCAAUCGAUUGAAGAAAAUAAAGAAGGAGGAGAAGAGGGAGAAGAAGAAGAAUCCACAGACUUCAAACUGGCACUUCUAUCCUCUCUCCAACCCUCACUAUCUCCAGAAACACUCCUAGAACUCCUCUUAACAUGCAAUGGCUCCGUCUCCUCAGCUUCAAAACUCGCCUCUUCUUCUUCUUCUUUAUCUCCAUCAAAAAAGCAAUCAACCUCAAUCCCAACCCAAUCCUCCCUCUCAACCUUUCUCUCACCCCUCCAAGACCCAAACCAACCACCACCACCACCACAAUCCACCCGCAAAAUCCCAUUCCCCCUCCCCGCAAUUCCCAAAUUCAAAACUCUUCAUUUAACAACCCCAUCUCAAGUACCCUACUACACCCCAGCAACACUACACCCUUCCUUCCUACCACCGGAUACAGCAAACCAACUUUUAAGAGAAUGUCUCGCCGAAGCCCCAUCGUUUGGAAAAUACGAAUUUAGACUAUUUGAACGAAAUGUCAGUAGUCCGCAUACAGCUUCCUUCUUCGUCAAAGACGAGGAAAUGGCUAUUAGACAUCGGAGGGGUUAUAUGUACAACGGUAGUGUUCUUGAAGAUAUAAGAACCUUCACCCCAACAAUGCACAAAAUCAUCCCCCACCUCGAAUCCUUCAUCCGCUCCCAACUCACAUCCCGAAUCUCAACCGUCUACCCGCACGGUCAAAAGCUAAAACACAUGUUACCGCCACAAAAAUGGCACAUAACCUCCGCAUUCAUGAACUGCUACGAUGGUGCAAAACAAAGUGUCGGUUGGCAUUCAGAUCAACUUACAUACCUAGGACCAAGGACCGUGAUCGCUUCUAUAAGUCUAGGUGUAGAAAGGGAGUUUCGAUUAAGAAGAGUUGCACCGGUGGUUGUUGAUACUACUGUUCCGUUUGAACCUGAUUCUAGCUUAGAUGGGAAAGAAGGAGAAGAAGAAGGUGGAAGUGCGGGGAAACAAUGGAAAUGGCAAUCUGAAGGUCAAGCUUCAAUCCAUCUACCGCAUAAUUCAUUACUUAUCAUGCAUGCCGAAUGUCAAGAAAGUUGGAAACACUCAAUUCAUCCAGCGAAUAAUAUACAACCCCAUCCUAUAGCCGGUGGGAAGAGGAUCAAUAUCACAUUCAGAUGUUAUAGGGAAUCUCUACGGCCGGAUAAGAUUCCGAAGUGUAAAUGUGGAGUUGGGUGUGUGCUGAAGACUGUGCAGAGAGUUAGGGAACGGAUGGGGUGGUAUUUUUGGGGUUGUCAGGUGGGGAAUCAGUGGAAGGAUGGCGAUAAUGAUGAUAAUAACGAUAAUUAUGAUAAUGGUGGAGAGGGCAAAGGGAAGAAGAAGGAAGGGGGAUGUGGGUAUUUGGUAUGGGCCAAAUUUGACGACGACGGUGAUCCUAUUUGGGAGUAG